AUGACAGCCGGGACUGUGGUCAUCACAGGCGGAAUAUUAGCGACUGUCAUAUUACUGUGUAUCAUAGCAGUUCUCUGCUAUUGUAGGCUUCAGUAUUACUGCUGCAAGAAGGAGGAGUCCGAAGAGGACGGAGAUGAACCAGACUUUGGCAUGGAUUCCCACAUCCCGCCUCUCCACUGCAACCGCAACGUGGCUCUGACGAACGGCCCCUCCUUGUACCGAUCUUCCUCCUCCCCCUACAAGAAGCACUCCCAGUGCCGGACAGUAUGCCCCAGCUGCUCCCACUAUGAGCCACCCACCUUCUUCCUCCAGGAGCCAGAGGACGAGGAGGACGAAGAAGAAGAAGAGGAGGUCCAGAAUGGAGGCGACCUCAUCAACUACAAGGCCAUCAGCCAGGAAGACCUGGAGCUGCCCGCCAACAUGAGUGGCCUCCAGGCCCUCAACCCCAACCGCCUCUCAGCCAUGCGGGAGGCUUUCUCCCGCAGCCGCAGCAUCAGCACGGACGUCUAA